UACCAGUUACAUGGUCAAGGAGUAAUUGUCCGAAGCUAUAAUGCAAUAGAAGCUUCCCGGCAGCUGCGAGCCACUGCCAUAGCUAGAGUAAACUAAUAGAUGAUCUCUUCCAUCGGGGAAGUCUGGCCCGCUUCCUACUCAAGUGAUCCGCCGAACGCGGGUUUCUUCUACUUAUCUCUCUCUCUCUGCGCGAUCGCUUCUUCAUUGCCAACUUCAACUCCUCGACUAUUGCUCCACGUACUCGGGUCUUUCUUCACCACCAAGCUUAUCCGAUCCUCACAAAAAGACCCGGAGACAAGGUUCACUAUUCCGGAAAGCUAGUCACGGAGCUACGUCAGCUUUUCGUCUCGCGUUUCGCGACAGCUGACACCUAAAUUCUGAACCGCCUCCCCCACCGUCUUCUAGGCUUCUAGAAAAGCUGAAUUCGUACUCUUCCAACAUGUCAGAGUCCGUCCCCGAGUCUGUACCCACGAGCGCGGACCGGCGCAGCAAGCGACCGCUGAAGCGUCGCGCGCUCACGCCAGUCUCCGAACAGGCGACACAGAUCGAAUCUCUAUUCAAGGAUCCUACCAAAGAUAUCCAGAUUCCUCCUCCAAAAAAGGAGAAGACAAGUGCUGCGCUCCCUCCACCACCGGAAAUCGUCGCCAACGUACAGGGAUCUUCGGCUGGUGCGGGGUCCGGCGAAUUCCACGUCUACAAAGCCAGUCGCAGGAGGGAAUAUGAGCGGAUGCGGUUGAUGGAGGAGGAGGUGAAAAAGGAAAAGGCGGACGAGGAAUUCGAAAGGAAGAGGGAGGAACAGAAGCGCAAGGACGAAGAAAAGACGGAGAAGAACAGAAAGAAGAGAGAAAAAAGGAAGGCCGGAAAGAAUAAAAGGGGCGGUGCGAGCAACGGAGAUGUCGAAAUGAAGGUGGAUAAGCCAGAUGGCGGGCCUAGAGGACAUACUGGGGAAGACAGAGGAGAGGACGAGGAAAGGCCCCAGCCUGCUGCCGAUGGAGCAGAGGCAAGAGACUACGAUGAACCAGGUGUAAUAAUUCAUGAAGACGACUGAAGGUCGAAUCGAACGGGAAGGAUUUAAUAAUUAAGGUGGACCAAAACUGUACCAAUACCGAGAUACCCAUUUAU